UAAUCCACCACCACUGCGAAAUCCUGAUCUGGCGACAACAAUUAAACUCCGAAAUCGCCCCUCACUACCUUGGUCGAUUUUGUUUUCAUGUGCGAAUUUUGAGGUUCUGCUGUUUUACAAGUUCCUUCACAGCAGACAAGAUGGUCCGGCUACGAGAGAUCUCGCGCACCGCCGUUUUUGCCUGGUGGUCUGGAGCUGGUGCCCCACUAAUCGUUACUGGAACCCGCGCAGGCGCAGUCGAUGACGAUCAGUCUGGCGACAUCAAACUUGAAUUCUGGGACUUGGGACUGGACAAGAUCGAACAGAAUCCAGAGCUCGAACCCGCCGGCAGCAUCACCACUGAAUCUGCCUUCAACGACAUCGCAUGGAGUGAGGCCGACGAUGAACAUCCGCUUGGAGUAAUAGCUGGUGCAUUGGAAGAUGGAUCGAUCAUACUAUGGGACGCGCAGAAGCUGAGGCGUGGGGAUGCGGAUGCGCUCAUCUCGAAGACCACUAAGCACAGUGGCAGCGCCAAAGCCCUGCAAUGGAAUCCUCACAGGCACAACCUCUUGGCAUCGGUUGGUGUCAAGGGAGAGAUUUUCAUCUACGACCUCAACAAUAUGGCAAAUCCCUUCCGACUUGGCGGAACUGCGGCAAGGGCUGAUGACAUCGAGUGUCUAGACUGGAAUAAGCAAGAAAAGACGGCACAUAUCCUUGCCACUGGCAGCAGCGGUGGAUUCGUCACAGUCUGGGACGUCAAACAGAAGCGUGAUAUUUUGACGCUCAAUAAUCUUGGACGAAAAUCAGUUAGCGCCGUGGCAUGGGAUCCAGAAGAGAGCACUAAACUCGCGACUGCAUCGGGAAAUGAUUUAUCACCAUCGGUGUUGCUAUGGAAUUUGCGCCAGAGCAGUGCUCCUGAGCGGGAGUUAAAGGGUCACGAAGUCGGUGUACUCGGAUUGUCAUGGUGCCAGCAGGACCCGGAUUUGUUGCUAUCUGCCGGAAAAGAUCAUCGCACAAUCUGCUGGAAUCCCAAGACCGGGGAAAAGUAUGGCGAGUUUGCCGCAGGAUAUUGGGCUUUCCAGACAAAAUGGAAUCCGCACAAUUCAAGUCUCAUUGCGAGCGCCUCCCUGGACGGAAAGAUCAUCAUCUUGUCCAUCCAAAAUGUUACCUCUCAAAAGGAGGAGCAGGCGAAUUCAUCACAGGCAGCAAGUAGCUUGGACUUCUUCGAACAGGUCCAGACCCAACCACAGAGCAUAUCUUUCAAUGUCCCGAAAGCACCCAAAUGGCUCGCCCGACCAGCGAGCGUGGCCUUUGGGUUUGGAGGCAGGCUUGUAAAGGUCAGCUCGGACGCAAGUCGCAAGAGCACGAUUACAAUUGGUACCUUUGCAGCCGAUGAGACCAUCGGUGAAGCGACCACCAAAUUCGAGGAACAACUGAAGAGCGGCGAUAUUGCUGGAAUUUGUGCCGCAAAGAUUAGCGAUGCUUCAACAGAUGAGGAAAAGGCAGACUGGCAGGUCAUUGAAACCCUAAAUGCAGGCAAAUCACGGAAGCUACUGAGGCGUCACCUUGGCUACGAAGAUUCUGUUGAGCAAGAAGCGGUUGGUGCAAGCGGUGCUGCCAGCGAUGACAAGCUCAAGCCGGAAGAGGCCGCUGAGGAUGACUUCUUUGGCAGCGGAGGUGACGGCGACAACUUCCUCUCGAACCUGGCGGCUACAAAGGGCGUUAAAACAAACAACCCAUUCAAGAUCCACUCGGAAUCGCAGUCGGUAGCGGACAAGGAUAUCACACGAGCUCUCAUGCUUGGUGAAUUCGAAUCGGCACUCGAUAUCUGUCUGAAGGAAGGGCGAAUUUCCGACGCGUUCAUGAUUGCAGUCUGUGGUGGUCAAAAGUGCAUCGACAAGGCACAAGCGGCGUAUCUGAAGUCGCAAGCUGACGGCCCGCAAUACAUUCGCUUGCUUGCCAGCAUUGUCGGAAAGAACCUUUGGGAUGUGGUUCAUAAUGCGGAUCUCGCCGACUGGAAGGAAGUCGUUGCUACCUUGUGCACGUAUGCCGACGAGACCGAAUUCUCUGACCUUUGUGAGGUUCUUGGUGAUCGUCUUGAGGAAGCGUAUCAGCAGGGUGAUAGCACAAGCACUCUGCGCAAAGAUGCUUCAUUCUGCUAUCUAGCGGGUUCAAAGCUUGAGAAGGUGGUGAACAACUGGGUGCAAGAACUGCAGGAGCAAGAGCAAGCCAGUUUCGCAAAAUCAGUGGAUCAGAAUGGCUUCUCCGUACACGCAAAAUGUCUUCAAGAUUUCAUUGAAAAGGUCACAGUCUUCAGAAAGGUGACCAACUUCCAGGAUGGUGAGCUUCAAUCAGCAGAAGACUGGAAACUAGCACCCCUGUACAAGCUGUAUGAGGAGUAUGCCGAGAUACUCGUUGCCCAUGGCCAAAUCAGCACUGCUGAGCAGUACUUGAAUCUGCUUCCGCCCAAAUUCGGCGGCGCGGAAUCCGCCCAGCAGCGAGUAAAGAGUGCUUCAACCAAAGGUGCUGCUCGAUCCCAGAAGCCAGCUGCGGCGCUUCCCAACCGCACAGCUCCCGGCGCUCAACCAUCAGCACAGCCAUUCCAACCUGUGCAGCCUCUGAUCAACCAGGCCCGCAAUGCCCCAUCUCCUUACGCCCCUGCUGGUAUCAGCGCGCAGGCUCAACCAGCGGCAAAUCCUUAUGCACCUGCUGCGAGUCCUUACGCCCCUGUUGGUUACCAACCUACUCAACCUACUGCCCCGUAUGGACAGCCUUCGCAGUACGGUGGAUACCAGCCGCCCUCACAACAAUCCGCAGCUCCUCCUCCGCCUCGCGCAGGUGGUCUACCUCCAUCUGCUCCAUCGACAACUUCGGCGAAGCCCGCUUCGGACUGGAACGAUCUGCCAGAAAACUUCUUGGACAAGCGCGCACCUCCUUCACGCCGCGGUACCCCUGGACCUCAGAGCGCAGGCGCUCCUUACUAUCCUGCUGCGAACCCGGCUGCGACUCCACCUGUUGCAUCACCAUACGGCUUCCAGAAGCCCGUGCCAGUAGCACUGCCACCACCACCCAGGGCUGGCGAAACACCCCCAAGGAUCACAUCCCCUCCAGUCAGCUCACCUCCGCCUCCACGUACAUCGUCAUCACUGGGUACCGCAUACACUCCUCAGCAGUCACAAAACUUGGGCUCGACUCUUCCUCCGCCGUCGGCUCCUCCGCCACUCCAGCGUGGCGCCUCUCCUUACCAGCCACCACCAUCGACAUCAACAGCUGCACCCUCUAAUAGGUAUGCACCGGCACCCGGUUCGCAGCCGACGCCGUUGGCUGGUUCAAUGCCAGGCCAGAGGAAUGUUGCUCCGAACCCAUACCAAGCGCAGCCGUCACCAUAUGCUCCGCAACAAUCGCAACCUCCGGCGCCGUAUGGUCAGCCUCAAGCACCGUAUGGUCAACCUCCACAACCUCAGGCGCCACCCCCGCGCGCCGGGCCUCCACCGCAAGGGCCGCCUCGAGGUGGUCCUCCUCAAGGUCCACCGCAGGCUGGACCGCCACCGUCCGCCGCGCCCUCGCAGGGACCUCCACCUGUUGCGCGACAAAAGCACCCCCGGGGAGAUCGAUCACACAUUCCUCCGAACGCACAACCUAUCGUCGACUUGCUUACCCCAGAGGUGGCCCGAGUUAAAGCGAUGGCGCCUCAGAGUUUCAAGGCAUCGGUUGAGGACAUGGAGAAGCGGAUCAACAUCCUAUUUGACCACCUCAACAACGAAGAUCUGUUGCAACCCGACACCGUCCAGCAGAUGGUCCAGGUGGCGCAACAUGUGCACAACAAGGAAUGGGACCAGGCUCAGGCGCUCUUCACAGAGAUGUCGACUACGAAGGCAGCUGAAGGGACCAACUGGAUGGUGGGCAUCAAACGAUUGCUGUCGAUUGGUGGCAUGAAGAAGACGUAGAUGUUGAUGGCAUAAUCUGCACCUGUCCGCGCCGGGUGCAUGAGCGCUGGGGAAGGAAAUAGACGUUGCUGACUUUCGAUCUUGAUGAAUCAUGACACGCUCAUUUGCCUCGAGCUUACGAUGCGUGCGUUCAUCGAGGCAUAAGAAGCCACACUGUGUUGUUUCGCCGCCAACAUGAUAUAAUAUAUGAUGCGGUAAUUUCAUCGAAAAUCCACCACGUAUUCUGCAGCCACGCGACGAGAGAUGUACUAUGGAUGACCAGACUGCAACGUGAUUACGUUCGCACCUUCGAACAAGCCCAAUGUCAACCCUAACGAUAGCAUCAACCCUAGCCAUCUACAUUCCCAAGGUUCCAAGGGUUUACAUGUCGUAUCGACAAUUCCAUUAGUAGUAACAUUGCAUUUCAAUGGAGAAAGGGUGAGAGAAGGCAUCAGGACAUGGAAAACGCUUCCGCAGCAUAAUCG